AUGCUCCUCCCGCUGCUCUUGUCCGGCUCCGGCUCGCGCCCGCUUCCCACCUCGCCGCGAUCGCUGCAGCGGCUGGAGACGUCUACCGUGGCUGUCGCCGCGGCCGAGCUUCCGAUCGUGGUUCGCGAGGCUGGGGACGGAAAGGGGAUGGGCGCCUUCGCAAGCGCACCCAUCGCGGACGGCGCCCUGGUGUGCUGCUACGAGGGCGAGCUCCUGACCCUGGAUCAGACGCUGGACCGCUACUCGAGCACUGACCCGUCCUACCUCUUCUCGCUUGGCGACGGCUCGGAUCUCUACAUCGACGGAGCCAGCUCGAGCCACCCGUCGCGCUACAUCAACCACCACCAGAACGGCACCCUCGCUGCGACCGUCUCGACCGAGGAGCGCACCGUCAUCUUCCACGCCGCCCGCGACAUUGCAGCGGGCGAGGAGCUCACCUUCGAUUACGGCGAGGGCUUCUGGGUCGGCUCCAACGGCGUCCCCGCCCAGGGCACAGACGACCGCACCUUUGAGCCGCUCUCGCCCACGGACGGCCGCUGGCGCCCUCCACCCGGGCCGCCGCCGCUCUUCGCCAAGUCCGCCGCCGACCUGGACGCCGUCGACCGCCUCGACGACCGGGCCGAGGCGCGCCUGGCGCUCGUGCGAACGCUCGAGUUUUUCGGUGCCGCGAGGCUGUCGUCGGGCGACCUCGCGGUGCCGAGCACGCUCUCGAGCGCGGAGGCGCCGCGGACGGUGCUCUCGCCCACGGACGCUGCGAAGCUGCGCGAGGCGUGUGGAAAGCUCGUCGCUGAGAUCGAGCGAUGA